AUAUUUGUACUUGCAUCUCUUGGAUUUACAUCAGCAAAGUGCCCAUCUUUUAGAACACUGGUUGAGAAAUCUUCGAAGACUAAUCUUUUUAACAUCAACUUUUCUGAAAGUUCACCAGUAUACGUAUUGGAGAGGAAUAACGAUUUUUACAAAUACUGCAAACAAAUUUUAGUGAAUUGCUGGACGGAACUUAUUUGCUGCAGACAUCUGAUCAAUCUGCUGUCAAGUUGGAAUUUAGACCUCCAUCGCUGGAAAACAUGAUGGACUAAACGAGCACAUUGGAUCCUGCCAUUUCUCAGAGGAAAGCAAUCAAGGAGGAGAAAAAGAAUACAAGUGUCGUCAGUGUCCGAAAGUUUUCAACUGGAAGUCCAACUUGAUAAGACACCAGAUAGCACACGACGAAAGUCGACGGUACGUCUGUGAGAACUGCAAAAAGGUCUUCACCGAUCCAAGCAAUCUCCAGAGGCACAUCAGAUCUCAACACAUAGGAGCUCGUUCUCACGCCUGCCCAGAGUGUGGAAAGACUUUUGCCACUUCAAGUGGCCUCAAGCAGCACACCCACAUCCACAGCAGCGUAAAACCUUUCCGAUGCGAGGUCUGCUUCAAGGCUUACACACAGUUCUCCAAUUUAUGCCGCCACAAGCGCAUGCAUGCCACUUGUCGCAUGCAGAUUAAAUGCCAUAAGUGUGGUCAAGCUUUUAGUGCAGUUACUUCAUUAUCCAAACACAAACGCUUCUGCGAAGGCACACCCACCAGUAAUUCUUCGUCUUCGGUCAUUGCAAAUCCAUCUCAAACUCAGACAACGAAUCCGGAAUCAGCUGGAUUCGAUUCCAGCAAGACAGUGCCUAUGAGCUUAGCACCUCCCAGCAACCAACUUCUUUUCUAUCCGAGACCGGGUUUCCCGAUCUACCCACCUUCGUUAUUCGGUUAUCCGUUUAUAUCCGGACCUGGCUUGCCGACACCACCUCCUCUCAUACCAGACACCAGUUUGUUACCUGGGCACAGUGUGAAUUUAGCAGCAGCUGCACAAGCGGCUCAGGAUUUUCAGAGACACUUAUUGACAAACAAUGCGUCUCAGCCACCACAACCAGCAUCGUCUCCUACGAAGCAAUUACUGAGCUCACCAAUCAAAACAAAAGAAAAACCUCAUUCCGAAGUUUCAGAAUCUGAAGCUUCGGAAGAACUAUCCUCAGAAGACACGAUCGGUGAAGAUAUUUCGUCUUUCAGUGAAGGUGAAUCGGAAGUUGAAACGACCAAAUCUUCCAGGAUAUCCCCACAACGCAAACAAGCUUCAUCUGCCCCAUCUGCAUCAGAAAACAAUUCAUCUGCUUCAAACAUGUUUCUCAAUCACAGACAGGGAUCUCCGAAACAGGGAUCUGUUUGUCCAGAUCCUUCUCUAAUCAGGUCUCCUCAUAGUGGAUCUAAUGGACCUCUGAGGCCCAUACCAACUAAUGGUUCAAUUAAAGCGGAUCAUCAUGAUAUGCCAUUUGAUUUGUCUCAAAGCAGUAAAAGUAGACUGCAUUGCGAUGAAACAGCAUAUCAUCCGAAAAUGAGGGAUGGGCCAAAAUCAGAAGAACAGCCCUUGGAUCUAAGAGUGUCUCAUAAAAAAGCAUCUCCGAUGUUUGAAAAAGAACUGGAAAGAAUAAAACCCAUAAUUUACGAAGAAAAGGAGAAAUGCAAAGACUAUGACAAUCCUCCGGUUCUUGCACCAGUGCAAGAAAUAAUGACUCCUUUAGAGCUACAGAAGAGAGAAAGUCCACCUUGUCCCCCGUCACCAAGUAAAAUGACAAUGGCUUAUCCAAGGCCCAUACACCCGAUGUUCCUAGAAUCUAUGUAUAGAUUUCAGCAAGAAAAACCUGCUUUUAAUUUGUUUCCUGGUCCAGAUCGCCUAAUGCCGCCUUUUCCACCGAGAUAUCCCUUUUUGGGUCCCUUGUUAUCGACAAAUCCCUCUUUUGACUUUAUGAGAGCUCAUAUGGAGAAAGUAAGCAAACCUAUGCAUGAAAUCAUGUCUCCGCACUUAAAUAAAACCAAAGAAAGAUACUCGUGCAAAUUUUGUGGAAAAAUAUUUCCCCGAUCAGCCAAUCUCACACGACAUCUUCGGACUCACACCGGUGAGCAACCAUAUAAGUGCAAAUACUGCGAACGGUCUUUCAGCAUUUCUUCUAACUUGCAGCGUCAUGUUCGUAACAUUCACAACAAAGAAAAACCUUUCAAGUGUCCUCUGUGCGACCGAUGCUUUGGCCAACAAACUAACCUGGAUCGUCAUCUGAAGAAGCAUGAAGCUGAUGGUCCAACUAUACUGGAUGAUUCUCCCAAAGGCAAUGAAACAGACGAUAAGGACGAAACGUAUUUUGACGAAAUCCGAAAUUUCAUUGGAAAAGUCACAAAUAGUGGUCAUAACUUAGUCAACCCGAUGUCUCUCAUGAACCAUCUCGAUGAAAGAAAAAGAGAACGCGAGGUGCUGUUGUCUUCGUCGCUUUCACCUCGCCAAAACAGCAGUCCUGCUAGUGGACAGAGUGAUAACCUGGAUGACGAAACUGACGGUGGAAUUAAUGUUUCUGACCCGGACGACAUGGAACCUUCCAGUAAAAGGCACUGCAACGAUGACCAUUCAAACUUCAACAGCUCUUCCCCUGCUUCCGACAGAAAUAACAGAAGUCCAGAAUCGCUGAAAAACCAGCAAAUGAACAACCAAAAUCAUCUAAAGAAUGGUGAUAUGGCUCUAAAUUUGCAUCAGAAAGCUCUGGCGUAUGAAGUCAUGCUUCAGCUCAACAGAAAGCUCGAACUCAGCAACGGCAUUCAGGAAAAUGGACACAAGAGGCAGUUAGAUGUCGAGAGCUUGGAUGACGAUGACGACGAGGCUGAAUCAAAGGACUAUAACAGUGAUGAUGACAAUGAGCGACGACUGCAUUCUCCUUUGACUUCAAACGAAGAGGUCAAAGUUGACUGACAGUUCUUGCCACUGAGAAGUAGAAAUAGAUGAAGCUUACUACACUGAAAGCCAGCGCGCUCGGCAUUUGUUUUAUACUUAAGGCAAGCAGCACGUUAAAUUUAGACACAUUUAGUGAAAUUCUGCUGAAAACAGAAUUGCAAAGCAAUAAGCUGGACUUCGAGCCCCAUGUCAAAAUGUACAACUCCAAUCAAAAUAUGGAAUCGUCUUCACACCAACCGUAAUUCAAUUUUUAUCAGACAUUUGAUAAAAGUGUUCGCGAAUCUCCACGAAUCGUUUCAUCAUUGCUAAAAACAUGAACCUUUUGGUAUUGCUAGUCAGAAAGAAAUGAACUGUUCGAAAGUUAAAAUGUAAAUUAUGACUUGAACUACCACUUAUUAUAUGAAUAGAAAGAAACAUGACCGUUUGUAUUAACGAGUGCAAGUUUUAGUGCCAGGAUGUUUGGUACAUAAAGCUCAUGCAUUGAACUGAAAAGUCGUUAUAUGCGGAAGUUGUUACAAGGCUUAUUUUCGCCUUUAAAAGCCAUAACACAUACUUCAUGAACUAAUGACAUUCUCAUAUCUUGGCCUCUAAUUACAUUGUCCUUUACGAAUUCGAAAUGUGCUACAAUCCUCUUCAAUCCACUAGUCAACGUGUAACGAAAUGAAAAUUAUCAGACGUUUCGGAAACAAAACGUAAAUUAUGUAGAUCCGAAGCGAACUCUUUGAAUUUGUUUAAGGUGCGUUAAUUAAAUUAACUGUGAAUGCUCAUCGUUAUAAAUGGCUUUUAAAAAAGCCGUCAAGUCUGCUGUGAAAAAUCCAAAGAAAAUUUUGUUCAUUUGUACAAAAUAUUUCGCAAUAGUGCGAUAUAGAGAUAGAUUUUAUUAUAUAUAUUGUUUUUAAUGUUUAUUUCAGAUUGUGGCUCUAUGUUUCCCUCUUAAAUAUAUUCAUAUUUCCAAUGAGUUUAUUUAGAAGAGAAAGAGCAAAAAUUUAACAAACAUUUCUGUUUUUUCUUAUAUGUCUUGAGGCAAUUUUUAAAAAGUUGGUUAGUCAUUCCACAAAAAUUAUUUUAUUUAUCGGAAAAAAAUCAUGCUAUUCAACAAUUUUUGACUUUUAACCAUUUUUUUUCAUAAAAGAAUUAUAUCUGUACUUUGGAACAAAAACAACAGCUUUGCAAAAGGGUGUAGUAACAUUUCUUAAUUUUUGGCUCUACCUAACUUUUAUGACCAAGCCCAGUGAAAUUUUUUAAACUUCAAGAAAUUGUCUCAUGAUACAUUAGGAAUGUAAACAUAAUUUUAAAUUACUUUGAUUAGACUUAAAUUGCAGUUGACAUUCCUUGCUUUAAUUCUAAAUGAAGAUUAUAAUUGUUGAAAAAAAAACCCCAAAGAAUGCAUGAUUUAGGUAAUUGUGGUAUUAAUUUAUUGGGUAACUACAACUCAAUAUUCGCGCACUAUAUCACAAUGGUUGUUGUAGGAGCAAAACAUUCAAUACUUCUAGGAAAGAUUUCUAUCAUAAAUAAAAUUUGUUCAAAAUCUUACUUUGAAUAUUGUUGUUUCAAGGUACAGAUAUUAUAAUGAUGUAAAAACUUUUAUUAAAUGGAUAAAAAUUGAAAUAUAACAGUAUUAUUCUGUGAUAUCUUCUAAACUACUUGCCGGUUCAUUAUUUAUUCAAGUCCAUGAAUUAGUUUUAUUUACACUUAUGUACUUAAAUAUUAUUUUUCAAUGUAUGUGAAUAUUACAAAUUAUUUAUUUCAGAAAAACUUAAAAAAUAAACAUUUCCUUAGGAAAUGUUUAAUUAAUAAACAAGCACUUAAACUGUACUUAAACAAAGCGAGUUCAUACAAUGUUUUUACUUCAUACAUUAUGAGUAAUAAAAGACUGUAAUGAAUGUAAUUUUAUUUCUGCUUCCAAUACCCAAUUUCAUGCAUUUCUUGUGAUAAUUUAAGAUUGUUUUCGUCUUCGAAGAAAAUGUUGUUAAAUUUCUGACUCUAUUAUCAUUCCAGUGUACAGUGAAAGAUGUAUUGUAUUUAUUGAAAGCUAAAUUUGUAUAUUUAUUAAUUGAUUUUGCAUAUAAGUCUGAAAAGAAACCAUUUCCAUCUUUCUUUAUAUGUUUUCUUUUCAAACAUUCUGUAAUUUUUAGAAUUAUAAGAAA